AUGGACAAACCGAAGAAACUCUUCUUAUUUGAGAAAUAUGACAGGACAGAUAAGGAGGCAUCAGCAGCCGGAGACGAUUGUUUCCAGUCUGGAAUGGGCUAUUCAGAGAAAGCCAAAAAAACAAUGGACACCAACAUCACAACAGACUAUGGCAAGAUCUCCGGCGAUGUCCAAAUUAACCUGAGCUUUGUAAAGUAAGUCAAAGUCUAAAAUCAACAAGAAGAUCCAGUUCUAUAUGAUAAAUUUGACAUUGAGAGAAUUUUUGAUGCAGUGUCCAGCGGUGACAUUGCUAGACUCAGUGGCUUGGAGGAGUAUCUGAAUAAAAACAACAAGAAGCUCACAAGCAUGGAAUAUCGACCCAGUGGAAAAACAGCCCUGAUGAAGGCCCUGCUCAACACUAAAAAUGAACAGAAUGAUACAGUGGAGCACUUGUUGGAAAUUGCAGAAAGGAUGGGACAUCUGGAUAAGUUAGUAAAUGCAGCAUAUACAGACCCCUACUAUGAGGGACAGACAGCUCUUCAUAUCGCCAUUGAAAGACGGAAUAAGCACUUUGCUAGGUUGCUACUUGACAAAGGGGCACAAGUUCAUGCAAAGGCAUGUGGGAAAUUCUUCCAGCCACAUGGUGAAACAUGUUUCUACUUUGGGGAGCUUCCACUGUGUCUGGCAGCCUGUACCAAUCAAAGGGACAUGGUAGACCUCCUUUUAGAGAAAAACGCAGACAUAAGGCAUACAGACUCUCUGGGCAAUACAGUUCUUCAUGCUCUUGUGAUGGUGGCUGAUAACAGUGAUGAGAACACUGACUUUGUCAUUUCUAUGUACGAUUACAUUCUUACCAAGGAUGCUGUCAAAAAUCCAAAACAUACCAAGCUGGAGGACAUUGAGAACAAUCAGGGACUUACACCUAUCAAGCUGGCUGCUAAAAAGGGCAAGAUUGGGUUGUUUGAACACAUUCUGCAUCGUGAGUUCCAGCAGAAAGAGUGCAGGCAUCUGUCCCGAAAGUUCACAGAGUGGGCUUAUGGGCCUGUGUAUUCCUCACUGUAUGACCUGGCUUCACUCGACACCUACGAGAAAAACUCUGUCCUGGAAAUUAUUGUCUAUGGCACAGAGAUACCUAAUCGUCUAGAGAUGCUUCAGAUUGAACCUCUUAAUAAUUUGCUGGAGGAGAAAUGGAACAGAUUUGCCUUCGGGAUGUUUGUCUUUAAGGCUGUUGCUUAUUUGUUUUACCUGAUCAUCUUCACACUCAUCUGUUACUACCGAAAAGAAGGCCCGCCAAAAUUUUCAAUUGAGAAGACAACUGAAGGCUAUCUAGAGCUAGCGGGUCAAGUCUUCACAACUAUCGGAUCGCUGUAUUUCUUCAUUAGAGGGCUGAUUGACAUAACAAGAAAGCGUCCGACACUGCAAGCACUGCUGAUAGAUGGGUGUUCUGACCUGCUUUUUUUUUUUCAGGCCAUGUUCUUUCUGAUCUGUGUGGCGCUCUAUUUUGGUAAGAGACAAGAGUAUCUGGCCUUUCUGGUCAUUUGUCUGGCUCUGAGCUGGGUCAAUCUACUCUACUUUUUCAGAGGAUCCCAACACAUGGGCAUCUACAGCGUUAUGAUCCAGAGGAUGAUCCUUAGCCACAUUCUGCGCUUCCUUUUCGUCUACAUCGUCUUCCUUGUUGGAUUUUCAGCAGCUGUGGUGACUCUGCUUGAGGAGGGAAACUCACCUGAUGUACAAUCGCGGAGAGGAAAAGGUCGUUCUAUGUUCAUAGACGACCCAAACAACACAGGCUGCAAGAAGCCCACUUACAAUGACUUAUCCUUCACCAUUCUGGAGCUCUUUAAGUUCACCAUAGGCAUGGGUGACCUGGAGUUCACAGAUAACUAUCAAUAUAAACACAUAUUCUACGUGCUGCUCAUAUCGUACAUUGUGCUGACGUACGUUCUGCUUCUGAACAUGCUGAUUGCCCUGAUGAACAAGAGUGUGGAGGAGAUGUCCGAGGAGAGUGCCAGAAUCUGGAAAUUACAGCGUGCCAUCACAACCUUGGACAUUGAGAGAAGUUUUUGCUGCCUGAAGACAAAGCUACGCUCUGGAGUGAAGAGAAACCUGAGCCAGAAAGAGGAAGAAGAUUGGCGUUGGUGUCUCAGAGUGGAGGAAGUCAAUUGGAAGAAAUGGAACCACAACCUAAGCAUCAUCAGCGAGGAACCUGGGGAUUUUAGCAGUGACAUAUCACCUCAGACAGAGUACAGCCAGGGUGGGUUUCUGCGCAACCUCAGCCUACGCAGGUCAAGGAAUCGCUCAGAACAAGGACAUGAGCUAAAACCCCUCAAAUCUAUUUUAGAGUGACCCCCUAAAUACUAAACUGUCUAUGGUUGUCGUGCUUGUGUAUUUAUUCAGGUCUAUUUUUAAAAUGAUGGAAGCUUUGGAGGACAGGCUUCACUGUUCAUCAUAGGCUCUCAAAUGUUGUACUGUUUUAACUGAGGUCAUUAAACAAGAUAAAGAAUGUAUCUAAUGUGUGAAUUUGCUGCCCUCUUUUGGCAAGAUGUGGAAUUACUGCACAAACCAAAUACAGUAGUUGAUAGGUUUAAUGCUAGAAUCUGUUAGUGUAUGGGGAGUUUGGAAUCUCCUCUUGUUAUCAUGUCUGUUUAUUUUAUCUUGAAAUGCACUUAGCUGGAGUGACUGCUGUAGAUUUCCUGCACACAAUGUCCCCAACACCCAGAUGUUUCAGAACAUCUGUAGUGAUUAAAUGAAUGUACAGAUGAAUUAAUGAAUCUUGAUAUAUAGCUGGAUAUAUACUUGUUAUACUCCACGUGUUAUUUAUGUAGUUACCCUGGAUAUUGUAUGCAAAUGAGAUGUUUUAUAGAUGUUAAUAUUUGUUUGUACAGUUGUAAUACACGUGGC